CGUAAGGUCGCGCGUAAGCGCCCUCGCUUCAAAUGUGGUGUGCCGCGCUGGCGGCCGCGUAAGUCACCCCUCAAGGUCGCUAUGUCAUCUCGCGUAAGACAAGUUGUCGAUCGUCGCUCACUCUGGCUCAAGGGGGGGCCUCGGGCGGCCCCCCCCCCCGCUGGCGGGAACAGCGCGGGUCAGAGAUGCGGCCGCCCGCCGCCGCGCCAUGGAGUCGCCCCUCCCCGUGCCCCGCGACCACUCCUGGGGACGUCGGGCUGCCGCCUCCUCGCCCUCGGCGAUCCGCAGGGACGCGGAGCACUUCUUGGCGUCCGAGCAGGUCGCGGCGGCGUCUCCGUUCUCGCCCGCCUCGCUGCGACGGCGCCCGUCCACCAGGGAGGGGACUCCCUCCCGGGAAGGGCCCUCGACGCCCCUGCGGCGCCCCUCCAGCGUCCGGAGCGGUGACGGUGGGAGCCUGCCGCGCCGGCUGCCGGCCAUAAGCCCCGAGCAUUCGGAGCCCUUCGCCGGGCUCGAGCGCCGCAUAGAGUCCCGGUGCUCCGACCCUGGCGCCAGAAGGGCGGCCAGCUCCUCUGGCCGGAACAGGCCGACGCGAAAGGCCUGCCAGGAGGAUCCCGACGGCCCCUCGAGCGCGCCGUGCUCCCGCGGCGACGCCGGGUUCGGCCUCUGCGGCCCCAGGAAGAGCCGCGGGAGCGCCCUGGGCGGACGCGGGGAGCACAAGCGCAAGGGCUCGCGCGACACCGGGCCGCCGCCGCCCGUGCUCGACCCGAGCAGCCCCUCCGCGGUGUGCCCCCGGAGGCCGCCGCAUGCCCCAGGUGCUGCCCUGCAGCAGGCUGCGGCUCCAUCCCCGAGCCGCAGCGGCACGCCGCACGAGCGAGGACCCGGCAGCCCGCACGACCUGCCGGGGCAGCUGCAGUCCGGCGGGCCCACCUCGCCACCCCGCCCGCCCGGCCGCCCCGCCGGUGGCUCCGCGUCGCCGACGAAGCCCCGCGGCCUGCCCCGCGCGCCCGCCCAAGCGCCGGCCACGCCGCCGCGCGGUGCGAGCCGCGGCGCGGGGUACCCGGAGGAUCGCCAGGCGCGGCAUGGGUCCAAGGGUCGCAGGACAAUAGACUGUGCCAGGACGUCGCCCAGCAGCGGCGGCGCGCGCGGCAGGCCGCCCUCGACGGGCGACCGCGCCGCGGGCGCCGAGGGCGCCCAGGAGGAGCAUGCGGUGGCGGCCGCCGCUAGGGCGGGCGGCUCCAAGAGCUCCACCGCCAGCACGGGAGCUCCAAGAGCGCCAAGCGCCGCCUCCGCGGCAAGCCUCGCCAGCCUCGCCAGCGUGGAGCUGGCGGCAGCCGCCGCCUCCGCGGGCGGCUCCGCCUGCGCCCCGCUGAGCUCGCCCGAGGGCCCCGGGGCGGGGCAGCCGCGGCCGCUGUCCGCCCGGGCGCGCGGCUCCGCGGCGGACCGCCCGGCGCCGGCGCAGGAGCCGGCCUCCGCCGCGGCCUGGGGCCCCCCCGUGGUGGACCAGUGGGACUCCGACAGCAGCCUCUCUCUGCAGCCUCCGGGGGUAGUCGGCCCCGGCCACUCCCAGGUGUCGUGCGUGCGGGGCCCGAACGGCCUCACGUCCUUGUCGGUGGCGGCCUUCGCCGCUGGCGGGUCCUCGCACACCUUCAGGGCAGACACGUUCCAGGGGCUCAGCGGCACGCAGCUUGACGCGGCCGGCGCCGUCAAGGGCUCCUGCAUCUCCUGGGUUCCAGGCGAGGAGGUCGGGCAGGGCACGCUCGGCACCGUGUUCAAGGCGCUGGACCAGCGCAGCGGGCAGAUCUUCGCUGUGAAGGAGGUGCGGAUCGACCCGCACCUGACGGAGGAGCAGAGGUUCAAGAGCGAGCUCCAGAACGAGAUCAAUAUGCUGAGGGAUCUCAAGCAUCCAAACAUCGUGUCGUACCUUGGCCACGACGAGAUUAACUCCAGGCUGUACAUCUACCUGGAGUACAUGCCCGGGGGCUCGGUUGCGCACGUCCUCUCGCAGUUCGGCGCCUUCGACGAGAGCCUCAUCGCCUCGAGGGGGCGCGGGCUGCUGGCGGGGCUAGAGUACCUGCACACCUGUGAGCCCGUUGUGCUGCACCGGGACAUCAAGGGAGCGAACAUACUCCUCGGCGUGGACGGUCUCAUCAAGCUCGCAGAUUUCGGCUGUUCGAAGCGGACACAGGACACCAUGGCGCGGACCUGCAAGGGAUCCGUGCCUUGGAUGGCGCCCGAGGUCAUCAUGCAGAGCGGCAUCGGCCGAAGGAGCGACAUCUGGAGCUUCGGCUGCGUGAUCAUCGAGAUGGCCACGGCCAGGGCCCCGUGGGGCCCGUUCGACAACCAGGUCGCCGCGAUGAGGAAGAUUGCCAUGACCGAGGAGACGCCGGGCUUCCCGGACUCGCUCUCGGAGGGCUGCCAGGACUUCAUCGUCCAGUGCACGCAGAGGGACAAGAGCAAGAGGCCGCUGGCCUCCGCGCUGCUGCAGCACAGGUUCAUGCGCGGGGCCGCCGAGGCCGACGGCUGAGAGAGCCGGCAGAGCCACGGGGUGCUCCUCUGCUGGAGU